GGGCGGGGCCGGGCCGGCAUGGUGCCGCGGGUGCGCGCCGCCGUGGCGCAGCUGGUGGCGGGGGUGGGCGCGGAGCCCCCCGCGGAGCCCCGGGGGGGCGCGGCGGCGGCGGCGGGGGCGUCCUGCGGCCGGCCGGCCUUCCUCCAGCUGAGCCCCGGGGAGCUCCGCCGCGCCGGCGACCACGCGGGCCGGGCCGUGCAGAGCCCCCGCCGCGGCCGGGGCCGCCUGCCCUGGAGCACGGGCUACGCCGAGGUGAUAAAUGCAGGGAAGAGCCAGCACAACGAGGACCAGGCGUGCUGCGAGGUGGUGUUUGUGGAGAGGAGGCCCAGCCCCAGGGGCCAGCCGCUGUCCAAGGAAAGCGGCGGGGAACCAGCCGGGGGCAGGAAGGGUUUUUAUUUCCACUACUGGGCCUUGUUCGAUGGCCAUGCGGGCAGCGGCGCUGCUGUCAUGGCAUCCAAGAGGCUCCAUCUGCACAUCUGCGAGCAGCUCCGGGACCUCGUGGACAUCCUGCAGGACCCUUCCCCACCUCCCAUCUGCCUCCCGCCCGCCGCGCGGGCUGGCCCUGCGGAGCUGAGCCGGGUGCCCCUUGCAGAGGACAACAGGGAGGUCCCCAACGAUGCCAUGCCGCGGUUUCACCUGGAGAAAGCUGUCUCCCACGAGAGCCUGGUGAUCGGUGCCAUCGAGAACGCCUUUAAGCACAUGGACGACCAGAUCGAGCGGGAGCGGGCGACCCAGGGCCUGUCGGGGGGCUGCUGCGCCCUGGCUGCCGUCUACCUCAUGGGCAAGUUCUACGUGGCCAACGCUGGUGACAGCAGGGCCAUUAUCAUCCGUAAUGGGGAAAUCAUUCCAAUGUCCAGGGAGUUUACUCCAGAGACAGAGAGGCAGAGGCUGCAGUUUUUAGCGUUCCUGAGGCCCGAGCUGCUGGGGAAGGAGUUCACCCACCUCGAGUUCCCCCGCAGGAUCCAGCCCAAGGAGCUGGGGAAGAAGAUGCUGUACAGAGACCAAAACAUGAACGGCUGGGCUUACAAAAAGGUGGAAGAAGAUGACCUGAAGUUUCCACUUAUCUAUGGGGAAGGCAAAAAGGCUCGGGUGAUGGCCACAAUUGGGGUCACGCGGGGCCUGGGAGACCAUGACCUCAAGGUGUUCAGCUCCAACAUCCACAUCAAGCCUUUCCUGUCCUGCUUCCCGGAGGUCAGGGUUUAUGACCUCACGCAGUACGAGCACUGCCCCGAUGAUGUUCUGGUCCUGGGCACCGACGGGCUCUGGGAUGUCACCAAUGACAAGGAGGUGGCUGGUGUGGUGAUGGAGGUGCUGAUGAGCUACGAGCCCAACGACCUGUGCAGGGACUGCUGGACGCUGCGUCAGGGAGUCUGCAGGGUCUGGGGUCGCUUGCUGAGCUGCGCUGUGCUGUGCCCCCCAGGUACACCAUGGUGGCCCAGGAGCUGGUGGUGCGGUCCAGGGGGGUGCUGAAGGAGCGGGGCUGGCGGCUGGCCAACGACAAGCUGGGCUCCGGCGACGACAUUUCUGUCUUUGUGAUCCCUCUGGGCGGCCCGGGCAACUACACGUGAUGCCCAGUGACCCCGGGGCAGUGGGACUCGCCUUGCCUGGACGGAGACGAGCGGGACACUGGCGCUGCCUCGGGGCCACCUCUCCCUCGAGCACUUGUUUCUUGAGUUGACUGUGAGAAGUGAGAAACCCAGAGCCUCUGUUUGUGCCCCUGCCCAGAGCAUCCUGGUCCAUGCGCUGCAUCCCUGCCCCGGGUGGAGAUGGAGGGGCCUGGGACAGAGAGCGAGGACCGGGGUCCAGGGAUAUUUUCAUGCUGCCACUUUCUUGAUUGCUGUGAAAAGCCUAAAGGUUCUCAGGGUGCCCUUUGCAUCUCGCCCUGGGCGUGCUGGUUCCAGCAGCGUGCUGCAGCUGUCGGGCUGGUGUGGCACUCGUAUCUGGAGAAGCAGGUGUCUGCUGCUGCUGCCGACAUCUCCUCCCCCCCUGCCCUGUGCCACUUGCACUGGUGACACCGAAGCUGCGGCUGGGGCCGGGACAAGCUGGGUGCCAGUGCUCAGCCCAGCAGAACUCCAGUUGUGGGUGGCCUGGUGGGUGGGUGAGCCCCACGACUGACAUCCCAGCUUUGUGCUUGCCCCCCCUCUGGCCCCUCACCCCUCGUCCCCAUCACGUACCAUCUCUCUGUCUCAGGUUUGGGAGGACGGGGCAGCGCCUGGUCGCUGCGGUGCACUGUGAGCCCCGGGGAAGGAAUGAGCUAUUGCACUUGCACUGGCUGUGCCACGGAUUCUGCCCUCACCCCUCAGCAUGCCUUGGAUCGCUGCUGUGUUUCUGGAGCCAAUUAUUUAUGAUGAACUGGAGAGCUGAGCCGGAAAAUCCUUGGUGUGGGGAGUCUGUAUGAAUAUACGUCUAUAUUUUUGAGCGGUUCUAAGUUGGCCACUGCUGAGCCACAGUUGCACACAGAGCAGCCCUAUUCAGCCAAGCUUAACAGCUUAAAUGCGCAGCAUGGAUCUGCUUAGCCAAGGGCUGGAAACCCACAAUAAAAGCAGCUUGGUUGUGACUGGGGGGGGAAGACAACUCCCUCCUUUUUCUUAAUAAUCUCAAAGCUGGUGCUGAGCAGAGCUGUAGCAGCAGUUGAUGGCUGUACAGGAUCUUAUUUUGCACCAUGCAUACCUCUGAGCUGGAGGCUGCAUUUCCUGCACUUCUGCAGAGCACUGCAUCCUCCCAAAACAUGAGGGAUGGUCCCAUCCUGGCAGUGUGCUGAGGGGCAGAGCUGGGCCAUGGGCCCUCUUUUGGAAAGGCUCUGUGGCACCAGUGGUUUUUGUCCUGCUGUCACUGGGUGGAGCCAGCUCUUGUCAAGUGUCACCUCUGGUCAAUGUUGUUUGUCUCUUACAAUGAGUGAGAUGUAAAUAAACUGGGUGCAUUUAAUGGGAA